AUGGCUGUGUAUAGUACUGUCAUCGGGGGAGAAUUCCGACGGUUGAAACGAAUGAAAGACAACCAAUGCAGCGAAGAUGUCAUCGAUUUCCUUGAGCAAGCACAUUCACUCCUCAAGUUCAAUGGAAUAUCUAACCUCAGAGGUCCUUGCGAGAAAUCCCUCAUUCAUUACGCAGCCAUGGGUGACUGCCAAGAGCUUUUACUACAGCUUUUAGCACUUCGUACGCCUAUUAAUCUGCGUGGCGGGGAUAAGCGAACGCCUCUUUCGUGGGCUGCCCAGUAUGGCUCGUAUGUCACUGCGAGAAUCCUGGUGGAAAAUGGGGCCAAUGUCAACUCAUUGGAUAAUAUGUUCAUGAGCCCCCUUUCACGGCUCUUGCAAAAUGCGAACAGCGAAACAAAGAAUUAUGCAGCACUGAAGGUGUAUCUCGAGAAGAAUGGAGCAAGUAGAAAGGGUAAAAAGCGUGCCUGGAUUGCGGAGAAGUUACGACUUCAACAUUACUUUUAG